AGAGGGCAACAGAAAGGAGACAGGAUGGGAGAGUUUACUUACUGGAUCAUUGUAUUUAAUCUGAAACGAAAUAAUUAACUAUUAUUUCCAUUUAAGACAUUUUAAUGCAAAAAGAACUGCUUUAAUUUAUGAAGAGCAAAGACUCCCAGAAUGUUCCAUAUGCUUUUUAGUUUCAUGCAAACAGUCCAGGCUUGUGGUUUCUGAAGAUAGUAAGUCACAGAAGUAAAAUUAAUUUCCAAGUAACCAUAAGCUUUUUUUCCAUUGUCAUAUUGGAAAGAUGGGGCCUGACUUAAGAUGAUGUUUGGGGUAGGGGAUCCAGCGCCUACUUUCGUGGGAACUAGAGUGAAGAAAACUUGGAACUUUUUACAGUCUUUGGCAGUCAAACAAAACACAAGAACAUCUUAGAGGAUUUAAUUAAAAGAAUGCUGAUGUUUGACCCUGUCCCUGUUAAGCAAGAGGCCAUGGAUCCUGUCUCAGUGUCAUAUCCGUCUAAUUUCAUGGAACAUAUGAAGCCCAGCAAAUACAGUGUCAUUUAUUCUGCACCGAACAUGUUACACAAUAAAUUCUACCCGACCUCAGAAGGCCUUAGUUCUAAUGGAAUCCAGAUGGAACCAGUUGAUCUCACAGUGAACAAGCGAAGUUCCCCACCUUCGGCCGGAAGUUCACCUUCCCCACUGAAAUUUCAGACUUCUCAUAGGCGAGCCUCACCUGGAUUAACUAUGCCUUCACCUAGCCCACCUAUGAAAAAGUUCACCCCACCUCCGCCUGGCGUACAGCCCUUCAGUGUGCCACUGUCAAUCCCUCCAGUGAUGGCGGCUCUUUCUAGACACGGCAUUCGAAGCCCUGGAAUCCUUCCAGUUAUACAGCCGGUUGUUGUACAACCUGUACCUUUCAUGUACGCAAGCCACCUUCAGCAGCCUAUAAUGGUGUCUACUGUUCUAGCAGAUGAAUUGGAAAAUACAAGUAGCAUGCAAGUACCUGUAAUUGAAUCAUAUGAGAAGCCUAUUUUACAGAAAAAAAUAAAAAUAGAGCCUGGGAUUGAACCACAGAGGACAGAUUAUUACCCUGAAGAAAUGUCACCCCCACUAAUGAACUCAGUAUCCCCUCCACAAGUUGCAAUGUUGCAAGAGAACCACCCUUCAGUCAUAGUACAGCCUGGAAAGAGACCUUUACCAGUGGAGUCUCCAGAUACGCAAAGAAAACGCAGGAUACACAGAUGCGAUUAUGAGGGAUGCAACAAAGUCUACACUAAGAGCUCUCACCUGAAAGCCCACAGAAGAACACAUACAGGAGAAAAACCCUACAAAUGCACAUGGGAGGGAUGCACGUGGAAAUUUGCUCGGUCUGAUGAACUAACGAGGCAUUUUCGAAAACAUACUGGGAUUAAACCUUUCCAGUGCCCAGACUGUGACCGAAGCUUCUCUCGCUCUGAUCACCUUGCUCUACAUAGGAAACGCCACAUGCUAGUCUGAACACAUCCAUCUCCUGGAUCAACUCCCUUUUCUCCCACCUCUCACCAUCUCCCUCCCUUUCUCUAACUCAUUUUUUUACAUGUACAUUUUAAUUUUGAUUCAGCUGGUCUGAAUCACUGAGUUUAUACCAUUAAAAACUUCCACAUGGUCAGUAAUAGACGGUAUCUAACCCUCCUUUGUCCUUACCACGGGUCAGACCUAAAGAAUGUGAACACUUUUUUUUUUCCUGGGGAUGCUAAGCAAACCCUUCCUCUAUAGACAUGUUUAAUGUACUACAAAUAAGGGAAUGUGUAAAUUAACAUAGCCAUUUGUCGGUUUCUCCAUGUAUUCAGUCAUCAUAUAUAGACAAACCAGUAAAUGUAUUAGAAAUACGAUAUCCAGACUGCUAGUUCUUGCCAGAGAUCUUCAUGUUUAUGUGCCCUAGAAUCUUAUUUGAUGCUCAGCAUUGGAAAGAAUGGAACCUUCCUGACCUGGGUUCACUGUGCAAGAUGAGAUGCUAAUACGGUCGACUCUUCAUUAUUUGUUGGAUUUAUCAUCUCAUCUACAUUGUGUUCUUUGACAGUGUUCAUUGUCUCAACCUCCUGUAUUCAGCCCAGUCAAAAAUGUUUUAAAAAUGGGCAGAUGAGCUAGUGCUGCUCACUCAGUCUGGGGCAUCAGUCCUAGAGAAUGCCCUCUGUGUCCACCAUAAAGUGGGGAGCAAGGAGGAGUUGAGCAGGGGUGAGGAUUGGGGGGAGACCAGAAGGUCUGGAUAACCUGGUGUCAAGACUGCCUCUCUGACAUUAUUAUUUUAGUUGAAAUGCUUCAAAUCUCCAGAACAUCAGACACACUAACAUAAGCAUGCUUCUAGCACGGGCCGGUGUGCUGGCACACUCUGGGAAAGCAUUUUCUUAUCAGCCCUUGUUUCCUCUCAUGGCAAAGGUAAAUGAGAAUGCUCUCCCACUUCCUCACCCCUGCCCUGGGGUCUUCCAACAUGCUCAACCCAUAUUUCAUGCGUGCCUGUGCACAUUCGUACCAUGAUAAAGCACCAACCACCUAAAUUCUUGAACAUUGGGUCAUCCGUGCAACCAUAUGGAUGAAUAAUUGAAGAGUUGAUUGGGGUAACUGCAAAAAAAUAACCUUCCUUAGUUUAGUAAUCUUUCGGGUUCCAGAUGGCAUCUUCUUGUAUCUGUGCAUAGCUUUUAAACAUUGAAAUAUUUAAAAACAAUAUUCCCAUAACCUUAUAGGUUACACAUACUUAUGCAGAAACUAGAUUCCGCAUGAGCUAUAAUGUGCCAACUUGGCUCUCAUCUGUGUUUAUAAUAAGCAUCCUAAAGAAGCAUCUGUUAAUGCUUUGGUAGAUUCAUUCAAUUUAAGACCUCUAAGUGACACUUUGUAAAUAUAACUAGUUAAUACGAAGCACACACACACACACAUACACACACACAUAUACCAUACUUCUGUAACGGAUUUCCAAAUAAUUUAGCAAACCACCAUUCAGGGAUUCAUGUGUGUCAAUUCACGAUUGUUCCCAUUCAUGAGUAGCAUACUCAGAGAUUCCCAACAGGAUGACUGGAACAAACAAGAUUGCAUCCAUCCUAGGUAUCCUAACCAUGAGUUGAACGGACCAAAGUCACGAUCCCUGUUUCAAUUGGAAUUGAAAUAAGCAGCACCGAUCCCAUUCUUCCUCAAAAGCUGGCUUUUGAGCAGUACUGUUACAACUCUGGGAUGUUUGGGAGUAUAAAUAUCAUGUUCUAAUUUGGCAGGUAGGGGCACCCAGGACUAAAAGUGGGCGCCUAUGAUCAAAUAUGUUGCCGUUCUUUGGCAGAAGUAGGGAGAAGAGAGGAGCAAAUGAAAAAUUUGUCCCUUGGUACCAUUCAACUAAUAUUGUAAAAAAAAAAAAAAGUGUAACUUGGGUUCAGUAAUGACCGAAAGAGGGCUUGUGUAAAUUUGCCAUCUUGAAGAUUCCAUCACCUUUUGAAUCCUGGAUGAAUUACGUAGAACAGCCAGUUGUGAUGGUAAUAAACUAAGCAUCUGGAAAUCAAGUCAUUUUCCAAGAAGUCAAAUAUGGAAUAGUUGUGUGUUUUUCAAAUCUCUAUACCCAGUUUCUCCAGCAUUGAUGACCCACCUGAUGAGUAAAAUUACUAUAUUUUGGUUGAUGAGAUGUUAUGGGAAUGAAUAUAUUAUCUUGGCUUAUCUGAAUUAUUUUGGGGUUUUUUUCCUAAGUAGUACGGAAUUUGGUUCAGUUUAUUAAUUAAAAUAUGAAUUCAAAAUUCGAUUCCUUCCUCCUUUCCCCACUCCCUCCCUUACAUCCCCCCCCCAAAAAAACCACGAAGAGGUUUGUUGUCAUGUGCAUGAUAACCACACUCAAGCCAGAGCACCAGCUUGAAUUGCAGUUACGCCAAGAACCAAGAUGGAAUGGAAUACAAAGGGCUCAUGUGACCAAAUGAACAUAAUUUGUGUUGUUCCGCCCUCAGAGGCAACCUGUAUGAUUUUGUUACUUGUAUGGGUCUGUAUAAUAGAAUGGGGUACACUGAAAUUUGUGGUUUGCCUAUUUGGCAUACUUAAAUUAUGUUAGAAAUAGUGAACACAAGCUUUCAGAGGUAAUCAUCAAUGCUUUUAAUUUGUUUAGCAUCGGUUUGUUUCAGUAAUAAAGAGCCAUCAACAAACAACUUUAAAAGGAAAGUAACCCUGAGACAUGAUAGGUGUUCCCAUGUUACUCUCUGUAUCUUUAGUUUAAUAUUUGGCCUUUUACCAAAUUCUCCUUUAUAAAUACUAUAUUUUAGUAUCAUAGAUGAAAAUUCUAGUCUCUUAGCAAUUUUUAGCAGUUCAUUGUGGAAGGACUCAAAUACAGCAUAAUCUUGAAAUGCCCUUAAAAAUAUUUUUCUGUCAUAUACCCUAUUAUUCUCAAUGGUGGUUUUAGUAACAACAUCCUUAAUCAACUAUAAUUGUUUGUACACAGGGAAUUUUUUUUUACAUUCCAUUUGCUGUAGGAUUUCUCGAAUUAAGUGUCAUGGGGAAGAAAUCAGGAAAUUGACAUUAAAUCUGUCUUACAUUAGAGUUUUUAAAUGUGAAUCUACAUCUUCAAUGGGCAUUAACUUUCUAAUGGACUUGGGUUGGGGAAUGUAUUAGCAGAAUAGCUACUACAUACAACUAAGGAGAUGCUACAUUAGCAGAAGGUUCUCUAGAGCCUUGAAACAGAUUCAUAGGAGAACUAGAGGUAUAUUUUUUAAAAUGAAACACUGAUCUGCACUAUCAGUAUUGCACUAAUAAGGAAUUUUAGAUGAUUUUGCUGAUACUGUAUAGCCCUAUGUGUCAUUUGUGAUCAGUUUAUUUUUAAAGACAAUCUCUUCAAGGGAAGCAGGUUGGGCAGUGAUUUGGUUUGUUUAAAAAAUAUACCAUAGUUCUUGAUUAAUCCCUGGAGUACAUAAAGUUGGUCAGAAUAUGUUGUCUUCUUUUUCCUUUCAGUCAAGGUUAACAACUUCUAAAAUGACUGAAAAUUCUUUCUAAAGUAAAGCCAUUUUACACCUAUUAAAUGAGGGCUACAACAAUGUUAUGUUUUACAAAUACUAGCACUUUUUGUUUUCUCAGCUAUUUAUGUACUUAAUGUUAGAGGGUCAAAAUAGUCUUUCUGCUUAGCAUCUCUUAAACCAUACCUGCCAAUAUAGCAGGAUUAUUACAUUUACAGUACUUUAAUACUUGUGUAAACUAUGCAGAAAUUUUUAAUAAAGUGUAAUAUAUUUUAUAAGCUAAUAAGACUGAAUGGGUAAAAGGUUUUUAGCAUGCAUUAGUAUAACUUGCAAAUACUGAAACAUUUUGGUAAUCUUUCUUACUAAAGAUGUGAAUGUUUAAUGUACCUUCACUGUUUCUACUUUGGUAGUCCAAUGGGAAUUCAGUAAUGACAUUUUGUCAUGUCAAACUGUGAACAUAAAUUUGUACUGUACAGUCCUCAUAUACUAUAUACCAUAUGCAAUAUAUGUAUUAUAAACUUGUUAAUAAAACCAUCUGAAUAUUAAA